AGGCCAUAGGCCAGGCGGCCAAGCACAGCUCGGUACGAGAGAUCAACGACCGCAAGGGCUAUUUGGCCUUCAAACACAGGGUGUGGCGCUUUGAACUGCAGCUUCGCGCUCUGUACCCUGAUCUCUAUGCUCGUCUGAUGGCUCUGAUGCGCAGUGCGGAUGAAGCCAAAUGGAAGAGGCUCAGUGCCAAGUCCAAGAAGGUGUAUCCAGAGGUCGAGUACAUUGAAUACGAUGUGGAAGAGAUGGGGGAACCCUGCUACAUCGAGCCGCAUGUUGACAACAAAUCUGCAGUCACCCUGGUGGCGAUGCUCUCCGUCCCCAGCGCCUACGUGGGAGGUCGCAGCUGCUUCCGCCGGGCGCAAAGCAGUCGCGGGCACCGGGAGCUGUCGCUGGAACAAGGCGAUGUGGUAUUGUUUCGUGGAGAGAAAUUGGUCCAUUGGAUCACACCUGUUACCGCAGGGAAGCGCAUCAUUCUGCAGAUUGAGAUGUCACGCGUGUAGCAAAAAGUCCCUGGAGUACCUGAGUACCAAAUGGGGUGACUUCAAUGAGUAGAGUUGCAAAGGACAACUGCAAACUAGAGAGGAGUUGACGUAAGAGACACUGCUUCGUUC